AUGGAAGUUGGUGCUAAGAAGCGUAGACUGAAGUUAAUGCAAAAGGAAAAAGAAAUUGAAAUUCCUGAUCAUGUGUUUGAAAGGAUAAUAUUGAAUCUUCCAUGGAAAACUGUUGUCGGUUUAAAGCGCCUAUCGAAGCACUGGAAUUCUGUUAUUAGCAGCCCCCGUUUCGUGAGAGACUACUUGGGUUACGACCCGAACCACAAGUUCUGUCUCGUGGUGAAAAAGUCUAGGAUCGUUUUCUGCGCUUUAGACGCACGCCAGCUUGAAUGGUUUAGAGAAUGUCAUAGAAAAAGGGCAAGAGAAAACAAAGUUCCGAUGUGUGAUAUGUUGAAUUACGAUGUUAAAAGUCAGACAUUGGCAUCAGACAAACAACUGUCUCCGUCUACAUUCUUUCCGACAGAGUGGGAUCCGUUUUUCGUCACAUGCUGCUGCGAUGGAAUCAUGUGCAUAGCCUUAUGCGAUCGCCUUUUUUUGUGGAAUCCAAAAACCUGUCAGCACAAAAUGUUAUCAUUGCCUGACCCUGAUAACAAUUUUCCUUACCGUACAUGGGAAGCAGUUGGGUUUGGAUAUGAUUCAUCCGUGGGUGACUACAAGCUUGUACGAGUUCCUUCAGGAAGGGAAGGAUCAGUAGCAUCCAAGAACAGGGGCGUGUAUGUGAUGACUCUAAACUCAAAUUUAUGGAGAAGGACAGCAAUUGAGUUUCCAUAUUUUGUGGAUCCUGGCAAUAAUGGACAAGCUGUGUCAUCGCCGGAUGGGAAUGUGUACUGGUUUGCUAGAGUUGCUCAAACGCCGGUCGACAUUGUGCUAGUUGGUUUUAAUUUGGCAAGGGAGACAUACCAACAGCUCGCACUGCCUCCCAACGUUGACAACGCAGACAAUUUAAUGUUGGGAGUUUUAGGAGGUUGCAUAUCUGUAGGCAGCAGUAACAAAGCAAACGAGUGUUUCCAGAUAUGGAUAAUGAAGGGAGAAACUUGGAUGGAGUUUGCAAGAUUCAGCGGACCUGCUAAUAUUGAGUUGUUGAGGCCAUUAUAUGUGACCCCAGAUGGUGCACUGCUCAUGUAUGCCAGGGCGGAGUCGUACGAAUCACAAUCACUCGAGGACAUACUUCUCAUCUAUCACCCCAAAACAGCCACUUGUAACAAACUUCAGAUCGCCGGCUUACCCCAGUCCAGCUGGGGUGGCGUUUAUGUGUACAAUGAGAGUGCAGUUUCAUUUUCAUAG